ACGGCGGCCGCGGUGGAGCCACGGGUCGUGCUCCGCUCGGCGUGACGGCGGCCGCGGCGGCGGUAGCGGCCGCGACCAGAGACCAGAGAGCCGUUUGCUUGGACGGGCCUCUGGGCGUUUGGCUGUGCAGGAACCACUGCUGGACCUCCUUUGUGCCCCUGCUGCCUCCUCCUGUGCUCUGCUGGCGCGCCCUCAUCGGCGCUCCCACAGCACCCUGAGUGUCCCUGUCGCGCCUGCCCGCUCUGGGUCGGCGUCCCGGCAGAGCAUGGUGACAGCCUGUGUCCUCGGCCCCCUCGUCUGGCGCAGCCGGAAGAGCCGCCAGCCUCGGGAGCCGAUGGCCCCUCAUGGGAGGGAGUGAGCAGCCUGGCCCGGCCCUACAGACUGAGGGGGGACGCAGCAGCUGAGUGACCUGAGACCGCGCUGCCGACCCCCUCCCACCAGUUGACGAAUGGUGGGCGGAGCAACGAGUGACCCUUGUCAGGGUCGUGGAAUAAUGGUGGGAAGCAAGGCGUGAGUGUCCCCCAUGGUCACCUGUUAACUUCUUGGUGGAAAUAGAGGUCUGAGCACCCCAAGCCAGCCCAGUGGACCCUCCCGGCCCCUGCCCUGCUGAUGGGGCCACUGGGGCCCUGAGCAGCCGCCUGACCAUCCCCACCACACCCUGCCCAGCCAUGGCUGGCGCUGAAGGCUUCCAAUACCGUGCACUCUACCGGUUCCGCCGGGAGCGGCCGGAGGACCUAGAGCUGCUGCCGGGCGACGUCCUGGUGGUGAGCCGGGCAGCCUUGCAGGCACUGGGCGUGGCUGAGGGCAGCGAGCGCUGCCCGCAGAGUGUGGGCUGGAUGCCUGGCCUCAACGAGCGCACGCGGCAGCGUGGUGACUUCCCCGGCACCUACGUCGAGUUCCUGGGACCCGUGGCCCUGGCCCGACCUGGCCCUCGCCCCCGAGGCCCCCGGCCACUGCCCGCCAGGCCCCGAGAUUGGCCCCCUGAGCCAGGCCUCACACUCCCCGACCUGCCCGAGCAGUUCUCGCCGCCUGAUGCGGCGCCCCCCAUCCUGGUGAAGCUCGUGGAAGCCAUUGAGCAGACAGGGCUAGACGGCGAGUCCCUCUACAGGCCGGAGCCGCCCGCCCCGCGCGCAGACUGGUCCCUGAGCGACGUGGAGCAGUGGGACGCGGCCGCCCUGUCAGACGGCGUCAAGGGCUUCCUGCUGGCGCUGCCCGCGCCCCUCGUGACGCCCGAGGCGGCGGCCGAGGCGCACCGGGCCCUGCGGGAGGCUGCGGGGCCCGUGGGGCCGGCGCUGGAGCCGCCGACGCUGCCGCUGCACCGCGCGCUCACGCUGCGCUUCCUGCUCCAGCACCUGGGCCGCCUGGCCCGGCGCGCCCCCUACCCCGGCCCCGCCGUGCGCGCCCUGGGCGCCGCCUUCGGGCCGCUGCUGCUGCGCGCGCCGCCGCCCUCGCCGCCAGGGGGCGCGCCCGACGGGACUGAGGCUGGCCCGGACUUCCCAGGGCUGCUGGUGGAGAAAUUACUUCAGGAACAUCUGGAGGAGCAGGAGGUAGCACCCCCAGCACUGCCGCCUAAACCCCCCAAGGCAAAGCCGGCCCCUACAGGCCUGGCCAAUGGGGGGAGCCCGCCCUCCCUGCAGGACGCUGAGUGGUACUGGGGCGACAUCUCCAGGGAGGAGGUGAACGAGAAACUCCGGGACACGCCUGACGGCACCUUUUUGGUCCGAGACGCCUCCAGCAAGAUCCAGGGGGAGUACACGCUGACCCUCAGGAAGGGCGGGAACAACAAGCUGAUCAAAGUCUUCCACCGCGACGGGCACUACGGCUUCUCGGAGCCGCUGACCUUCUGCUCCGUGGUGGACCUCAUCACCCACUACCGCCACGAGUCGCUGGCCCAGUACAACGCCAAGCUGGACACGCGGCUGCUCUACCCCGUGUCCAAAUACCAGCAGGACCAGGUUGUCAAGGAGGACAGCGUGGAGGCGGUGGGCGCCCAGCUCAGGGUCUACCACCAGCAGUACCAGGACAAGAGCCGCGAGUACGACCAGCUCUACGAGGAGUACACGCGCACCUCCCAGGAAUUGCAGAUGAAGCGCACAGCAAUUGAAGCUUUCAAUGAGACCAUUAAGAUCUUUGAAGAGCAGGGCCAGACGCAAGAGAAGUGCAGCAAGGAGUAUCUGGAGCGCUUCCGGCGUGAGGGCAAUGAGAAAGAGAUGCAAAGGAUCCUGCUGAACUCAGAGCGGCUCAAGUCCCGCAUCGCUGAGAUCCACGAGAGCCGCACGAAGCUGGAGCAGGAGCUGCGGGCACAGGCCGCAGACAACCGGGAGAUCGACAAACGCAUGAACAGCCUCAAGCCAGACCUCAUGCAGCUGCGCAAGAUCCGAGACCAGUACCUCGUGUGGCUCACCCAGAAAGGUGCCCGGCAGAAGAAAAUCAACGAGUGGUUGGGGAUCAAAAAUGAGACUGAGGACCAGUAUGCACUCAUGGACGACGAGGAUGACCUCCCCCACCACGAGGAACGCACGUGGUAUGUGGGCAAGAUCAACCGCACGCAGGCUGAAGAAAUGCUGAGUGGCAAGCGGGAUGGUACUUUCCUCAUCCGAGAGAGCAGCCAGCGGGGCUGCUACGCCUGCUCUGUGGUGGUGGACGGCGACACCAAGCACUGCGUCAUCUACCGCACGGCCACGGGCUUCGGCUUCGCGGAGCCCUACAACCUGUACGGCUCUCUGCGGGAGCUGGUGCUGCACUACCAGCACACGUCGCUGCUGCAGCACAACGACGCGCUGGCCGUCACGCUCGCCCACCCCGUGCGCGCGCCCCGCGCCCGCGCCCGCGCCCGCCGGCCGCUGAGCGGAGACGCCCGGCCGGCCGGCCUCUCCGCCCUCGUCUGCACCCUCCGCCUGUCUCCGCGGCUGCCUGUCUCUCCAUCCCUCUCACCGAGUCUCCCUGUCUCUCCCCGUCACUCUUUCUGUCCCCGUCUCUCUGUCCUUCUGUCUCCUUUUUUCUCCCUGUCUCUCUCGGUCUCUGUUCCUGCCUCCCCCACCUCAGACCCCCUCCCCCGCCUCAGACCCCCUCCCCCACGGACACUGCCCUCCCCGGGGUUCUGGCCACUCCCGACCCCGGGGUCCUGGAAGCCCCUGAAGCCCCACCUCGCUGCACCUGCCAUGUUUACAGAAGCCCCUGGGCUGCACGGCCCCAGCCUGGGCACCCCGAUUUUUAAGCCAUAGACCUGGGGUCAGGGCAGGAAGGAACUUCGCUCGGCCGCUUCCCAGAACCCCGGCUGUGACAUUUGGGGCUGGGCGGGACCCGCCCCACAGACCCCAACUUCCCCUCCAGACCCUGAAGUGAAACCUGCCCCCGGGUUAUCCCCACAAUGGGGCUGCUGCCAAGAAGUCCCCCCCCCAAAAGAAAAUAAUUAAAAAUAAACCUGUGAGCCAGCCCCAUGGGGCCCCAGGCCCUCCGGGCUCGGCUGCCGGCACCCUGGGGUGCUGGGCGCAGCACUGCCUGCUGAGGCGAGGCCUCCUGAUCAUGUUGGUUCUGAUUUUACUUGUCCCUGACUGUAAAGCCCCCUUUUCUCUCCUCUUUUGGGACGAGAGCCCUGGUUUUCUACACAGCCCGCGGCCCCCGCCUGCCUGCCCGGCUGGGCGGUGGCGGGUUUUGUAUGGUACGUUGAUACUGAUCCCAACAUAAAACCUUGAACACGA